CACCGGAGCCGCGUGUCACCAAAUGUAUCUUGUCCCCCUUGGAUGACGUCAGCAGGUACUUCCUCAUGACUCAUGUAUUUAUUGUCCCGCCAGGCGCCCCCUUUUUGUGAUCUCGACCCCUUUUGCCUGGGUAUAAUGCCGUAGAACGGAUACGCUGUGCUAUUAUUUACUACGUGCAGCAGCAGCGCUAGAAUGACCGCGGGAGGUUGCUAACAUCCGCAACUUGUUUAUGCUACUAUAGAUUUUUCAUGAGAAAUAGUAUGCAGAUAUGGGAGCAAAUUCAUUCUUUAGUGACAGUGAUGACAGCGGGCCGCCAACGCCGCGCCUGCACCGCUCGUUAUCUCACGUGAAGCAGCAGUUUCACCUCAGGAAACCUGUCUGCCCAUUCAUCAGCUCAACAUUUCAAGACUUUCAACGUGAGAGAGAAUAUUUAACCAAAAAGGUCUUCCCAACGAUAGACUCAGUAUGCAGGGAGAGGGGGACCUCUUUCACCCCAGUUGAUUUACGUUGGGGGAUUAACGAUGCACAAGCCAAUUCGGGACACGUUCUGCAGCUUUGUUUAGAAUAUAUCAAUAAAAGUGCACCUUUCUUUAUUGGACUCCUUGGGGAGAGAUAUGGGGGACAUAGACCUCCAAAUGCCCUUCCAGUGCCAGACAAUUAUGAGGACUUAUCAAAAGAUGCAUUCUGGUUGGAUAAAAACUUACUGGUAGCAGCGGCUGGGGGCCACAAAUGGGUGCUACAAGAGGCGCACCAACAGAGCAGCAUCACAGAACUUGAAAUUAUGCAAUCAGUUUUCUUAAACGAUAGCAAACACUGUUAUUUUUAUUUCCGCCAGCCAGAGCAUGUAGAUUAUUUAUAUGUGGACUUGCCAGAGGAAAAGAGAAAGAACAAACUGAAAGUCUUUUACCCAGAGUCGGAGUACGAGACGCUGAAAGUGAGGGAGUUAAAACAGAGGAUUGUGAAGAAAGGACUGCCUGUGAAAUAUUACCGCACUCCUCAGGAACUUGGGCAGUUGAUUCUGCAAGACUGGUUAAAAGUUAUCGAUCAACUUUACCCGCCACUAGAGGACACUCUGAAUGAGAGAGGCGCCUUGCAGUUCAGAGAAUGGAUGGCACACGAGGCUUUUGCGGAAAGUCGCAGACACGUGUUUGUUUCGACUCAGGAUUUAGAGGGGGUGAAAACAGACCUGACAGACUUUGCUGAAAAGGCAGCAGAAGACCAACAAGUGGACUUCAUGGAAAACUUUCAGUUGGAGAAGAAGAACAACCACCGCUAUCACGUGUAUCAGCAGCAGAGUUUUAGUGCUCUCAGAAAAAGGAAGCCCCAGGCUAUCAGCUACCAGUCGUUACUCCUACUGGUAGGAGAGCGCGGCUGUGGCAAGACAUCGGUGCUUUCUAACUGGGUCAAAGGCUUUUCAAAGGAUCAUCCAGACAUCAAAGUCAUCGCACACUAUGUCGGCAGCAACUCAUCCAGCACCGAUAUUGCGUCGUUCAUGCGCAGGUGCACUUUAGAGCUCAGGGAGGAAUACCACUGCUCAGGGUCUGAAACCGUCCAGUCAACAAAUACAGAAGAUUUGGGAAAUUUUCAUCGCAUCUGUGAAGCAUUUAUCGCAGCAACUGCUAUGGGGCCAUGUGUGUUGGUGCUUGAUGGGAUAGAUGAAAUGGGCGGAACUUCAGGAUUAACACCUCAAAUGGUGAAAGAAAUGGCAUGGUUGCCAAUGCCACUGCCCCCACAGUGUAAAAUCAUCAUCACCACAGCCAAGUCAGACCUGACAUAUCGCUCACUUGUCCACAGAGGAGACACGCAGAUUGUCAAGGUCCCCCUCAUCAGUGAUAACGUCUCAAAGAGCAAAAUCAUCCAAGAACACUUAGCAGUGCACUGCAAGUCAUUAAACUCUGAACAAAUUGAGCGCAUUGUGAGUUGCAAGCUCAGUGAUAGGCCACUGUUUCUGUCUGUUUUGUGCAAUGAGCUGAGAGUAUUUGGCGUUUACACAGCGUUAGACCAGCACUUGGACUGGUACCUGAGUGCCUACAGUAUCAGGGAUGCCUGGACGAGGAUCAUUCACCGCUGGAUUAGAGACUAUGGUUGGACAACGGAGCAGGCCAAAGCUGACUUCCGCCAUAGCUCAUUUGUUGGUCAAAAAACAGAACUUACUGGCUGGGUUGCCGAUGCACUUCGCCUUCUGUGUUGCUCACGUCAGGGCCUUAGCCAAUCAGAGAUCUUGGAGGUCUUAAAGCAGCUUGGUUACCAUGGCAAAUCUACUGUGACAUCAUUUGAUUGGGCGCUGCUUCAGUCUGUUGCCACGGAAUCAUUCAUACAGCACCCUGGUGGACUGAUCAACUUUUUUCAUCAACACCUCAAGGAGGCCGUGGAAUAUGCGUUGCUAGAUACGUACUGGAAAUGGCCCAAAACAUGGUUAGGUUGCGUAACACCAGCAGCCGUGGAGAGCACUCUCAGCCUCACUCAGAACAAAGAAACAAGCAAGCAACAUUUCCAUCAGGUCUUAGCUACCUACUUCUACGAGAAGAAGAACUCCCUGCGAAGGACGGAUGAGCUUACAUGGCAGCUGGAACGCUGUGGAGAUAUGGAGAAACUUUGUGAGGUUUUGUCCCAGCCAAGUGUGUUUUUGGACAUGUUUGGUGACGACAAGCAGUACCACUGCCGCAAGCUAGACCUCCUCCAUUACUGGAAGCUGCUCAAGGACGCGGGUUAUGACCCCCGCGUUGUAUAUCCCAUGAUGCUGGUGAACUCUGAUGCCUGCCCUGGCCUCAGUUUAAAAUGCACAGAACCUUAUGUGGAGUCGUCAUCCUAUCCAGCACGCUCAUCAGACCAAAUCGAUCCAAUGUCUGGACAGUUCUCUGUCAGUUCAGCGCAAAAUGCCGUAAUUCCCGUCAUAUUAACUUCCCGCGCCAGCGAGGCCUCCCUGCACCGAGUGACCUCCAGUGGGUCACUUUACAAAACCCAGCCUCCAUCUCAGCAGCAGCAAUCCCAGCAGGAAGAUGCCCCCAGUAUCAGCUCCAGUAUGUCCAGUACUAGCCUUAGCUCCAUGGUCAGCGAUGCUGGAUCUCAGUCAGAUGCAUCCGAGACUUCCCGUCCAAGCACCCCUGUGAUGCUGCAGAGAGACAAGGCGUUCUUGGCUAAAAGUGUGGGCGUGUUCCUCUCCGAGCUCGGCUGCUUCGAGGAGGCAGAGCAGAUACUGCUGUAUGCUCAUGAGGAACUGUACAGGAACUAUCCCCUGAGCGAGGAAGACCAGCGUCUGUUGUGUGUGAUCCAGGAAUCUGUGGCCGAUCUCUACCUCUACCAGCUGAAGAAAGACAUGGCGGAGACCUGGUACAAGAAGGCGCUGAAGACGCAGAAUGAGUACAAAGAUGAGGGACUUGAGGUGGAUGACUUUGCACAGGCACUUGAGACCAAAGGACGUCUGCUGGACUGCCUGGGGACCAUGAAGAUCUACGACAGCAAGUUCUCAGAGGCUGAGGAACAGUUGCUGGAGGCCCAGCAGUGUAUGGAGUCUGCCUUCAGUGUGCCAGGGAAAGCCACGGUGCAGUACCACCUAGGGGUGCUGAGGAUGCGUCAGCUUGACUUUGUAAAGGCAGAAUCCUGCUACAGACUAGCCUUGAGCAUCCGUGAGCAGUGGUUUGGAAAGAACCACCCUGUGGUGGCCGAAGUCCUCAAUGACCUGGGGGGACUACUGUCCUGUAAAGAGAAUACCAGAGGAUAUGACAAGGCGCAAGCAGAGGACUUGUACAGGAGAGCUUUGAAAAUCAGAGAGCAGUGUCUUGGCUCAGAGCACCUCCUAGUGGCAACAACAUUAUUUCACCUUGGUAAACUCCUGAAGUCUGAAGGUAGCUUAGCCUGUAAGACAGAGGCUAGGGGGCUAAUGAUGAGAGCCUUGGAUAUAAGAACUCAGAAAUUAGGGGCACAACACCAUGUCACCAAGGCCGUGCGAAAAUCACUGAUGGACCUAGAAACUUCCCUGAAACUGGGCAAAUACGACUUCGGCCCUGCAAAGCCCACUGACAGGAGGUCCAGAGACCGGCCAGGCAGCAGCCUCAGUUUCCGUGACAAGGACUUGAUGAAGAUAAGCCAACGCAGCAAGUCCGAGUCCGGAAGCUCUUGGAGGCCAAAAAGCGGGUACCUUUCAACCAGAACCAGCCAGGUGGACAGCAACUGGCCCAGCAGGCCCCAGAGUCGAUUCACGAACAACGACCUUGGCGGUUCCUGCGGGGAUCUGAUCAGUGAGGAUGGGUACCAUAGCGACGGGCAGAACGAGCAGCAAUCCAAUGGACCCCUGCACAAGAACUUGAUGAAAUCGCGUUCUCUCAGCAUGACCUAUGAUCGGUUUGACAGAGAUAACUACGAUGCUGAUUUAGUCUCUAGGUUGGAACACAUGGCCCUGGAGCCGACGGCGGAGGAGGAAGAGCCGACGACUCCGGUCGGAUUGCCGACGCACAUUGAAAGUUUUGCCCCGGAAGUGGAGAGUCAAUACGGCAUAACUGAGAGCCAACACAGCGCGAGCCCCACUACGCAUAGUGGUGCCUUGAAAAAGAAGGCCAACAAAACCCGAAGCGUGCCCAUUCGUCCAGCUUCCCUCUUCGAAAAAUAUUCCGCCAGAAGCCACGCCGCGUCUCACCAGGCCCCGGGAUCUCAUACGUCACACACGGGGUCAAGGUCGGGGAUUCUGAGUCGUCUGGGAAGCGCCAUCUCCGGCGUGACCGGGCGCAGUUUUCAGUCGUCGAUGACGUCGCACGAGGUCCACCGUUCCAGAUGUUACAUUCCAACCGAACAUAGCAUAGAUAUAGACAAUGCCUUCACUAUCCAGGGCCCUCAUAGCAGCGUCAAGAGCCUCCUGGGACCGCCCCCAGCGCCUCGGGACAUUUCUAAAGGUGUCCACCACGGAGCUGCCUGGUACCACGUACCCGGAAGGUACCCUACGAACGAGAAACCUUACCCGCCCAAACGCUCACAAACACGAUACAAAGUGUUAACCUCGGACCAGUAUAUGACCGUACAAGGCGGAUGGUAUGAGAGGGACCAAAUCAGAGGUCACCGGCCCUUGAGUAGACAGGACGCGUAUGAUGACGUCAGUGAAAGGGAGGGUCAUGUGACUUUCAGGGACGUUUUCGAAUAAGUUGCGACGAUUUCUGCGUUGGUCAACAGAGCAGAUUGUUAAGUUUCAUAGUAUUUAUUGAUGAUGAUGAGCAUGGUGAAUUUGUUUUAAUGUAUGCGAAUGGUACAUCCGUUUUUUGUACUUGUCAAGUCCCAUUCACAUUGUUGACUUACACAAUUUGUAUUUUUCUUAUUGCAGUCUUGGGACUUUUGUCAUUGAUGAUGUAUAUAUGUACAUAAAGAUUUAAUUUAUUUGGAUAUGAAAGAUUUUACGUGAGAGAACAUUAAAAAUGUUAUGACCUGUAAAAAUUGUUCAAGACUGCAUGUUAGUCUUAGAUCUCGUACAUCGAACAAAUGCUGUGUUGGAAAUACAAGCAAUAAAACCACAAAGCUCAAGGUAAUUGUAAUCAUUUUUCUGUAGAUAAUACAGUGUAACAGAAUGAGGUUGUAUUUGCACAAUUUUGGUACUGUCGUUUUAUAUUGUUAUUUAACAUUGUUCAUCUCGACUAUUUCCUUACAUAUUUAUAUUGUUUGUUUACGUCAGUACCUCAUGUGCCGGAAUGUUAUUUAAAUAACAAACGCAUACCAUUUAUGGUAAGUGAUAAUGUAUAUUUUGUUAAAAUUUAAUAAAUAUAUUUAUUGUAAAGUUUAACAGUACACGAAAUUAGGAUAAACAUGAUUAGUGUAGUUAUAGCACUGUAUAACACUGCUAUAGAGAAAGAGGGUAAACUUUUCUUCUGUUAUCAAAUUAUAUGAAGCGAUUGGGGUGCAUAUUUAAUAAAUUAUAUUUUAAAAUGAAAAUUUUUGUUAUUCUGCGGCCUAUUCAGAUGCGUUGCAGGUAAUGGUCAAACCCUGCGAAUGAUUUCUAUUAGAGCCAAUAUUUUCUAACGAAAUGACUGAAACCGUAUGUUGCAUCGUGCCUUAUUUUCGAGUAUUCAUUUGCCAAACUGUGUGACUUGGGAUAAAAUGGACAUCCGAACUGUUAAAUUUAGAAAAAAAAACUCGGAUUUUCAAGCUUUCACAAGAUUAAUGUACGGAAUGGCCUAGUUAACUAUACAGGGGACCUUAUCCUUCAGAUAAACUUUCUCAAUAUUUUACGGAUUGUUUGUCCAGUGAAACAGACGACAAUGGCGACAUACACUGAAAAAUCAGGAUGUUCAUUCCUUGGAAUAACAGAAUAGCUGAAUUUAACGUGUGGAACAUUUCGAGAAACUGAUAAAUAUAAAUAACUCUAGAUCUGAUCCUGGAACUUACAAUUAGCUACUGACCGACGCUGCGGUCUCAACCUAAAACCUUUCACUAGGUAAAUGACUACACCUAUAAAAACAUCCCCUCAAUUUGUACUAAAGUAACAAAGAUUUGAUUUUUAAAUUUCAUCAUUAAUACAACACUGUCGAUGUGUAGAAUACGAACCAACGCAUUUAUUACUUCUUCGUGUGAAGUUGUUGAGGACCAGUCAGGGUACAUUCUGAAGACAAUUAAUGUCCAUAAACAUUGUCCAUAAACAU